AUGCCUAUCACACUUCCGGAUCCCGUUUUGGCUUUGUCGAUGGCAAGCUUGCAAAAGCUCAAUACGGCGGAUGUGGAUCAAUUGGCCAAUUUAUGGAAUGUGUUUACCAAGUGCAAAGAAUCGAUUGAGUCUGGCAGACGAUUGGAAAACCUUUCUUGGCGAUUAUGGUUUAGGGAAGCACAUCUA